CAUAAAUAAUAGAUACACAAAGGGCAGGUCAUGGGCAGGUCCACAUUUAACCUCAAAUUAACUAUUUUACUUUUCCAACCAGUUACAAAAGUACAUUCAUUUUAAUUUAAAAAAAGUUAGCUAUUUCGACCUUUAAGAAAAAAUGCUUCAAAUUAAGAUAGCUUUCAGAAUGGUUUCUUAUAAGUUUAUGUACUCGUCCAGCAGAACGUGUUCGACUAAGUUAGAUCCUGAUACACCAAAAUUUGACAUGGAAAAUCCAUUUUAUAAAGAAAAAAAAAUAUGUAUACUGUGCAAAUAUAACAUUACACCAAACUAUAAAAACAUACGCUUACUUUCUCAGUUUCAAUCGCCUUUCACGGGAAGAGUCUAUGGAAGACAUAUAACUGGACUUUGUGAACACAAACAGAAGCAGGUUGAAAGAGAAAUAAAUAAAGCUCAAACGGCUGCAUUAAUGCCGUAUUACUUAAAAGAUGUUAACUUUUCAAAAGAUCCUACACUUUUUAAUGUUGAAAACCCUGUAAGACCUCAUAGAUUUUAAUAUAAGUUAUUACUUUAGGCAAAUAUUGAAAAUAAAGAAUUCAUAUUUAUAA